CCUGCCUGAGCGAACGGUCGGCUCAGUCGGUCGGUCGGUUAGUUGGUUGGUUGGUUGGUCGGUGGAUUGGUCGGUGUCGGUCGAGUCGCGUCGGUUCUGCCUUAGGGAAUUGAAUUGUAUAUCUUUUGGAUGAUCGCGUUUUUGAUGUGUUUUUUUGUAUUUUUUGUUUUGUUAUUGUGUUAUCGUUUCGUUGCGGGGAGGACGCUACAGCCAAAUCAAAAUCCAAAUUGAGCGCACUCCAACUUGUUUUUGGAAAUUCACGAAGGAGUUGCAAAAGGUCUACCAUGAGACGUCGCAAGCUGCUCAUCUGCUGGGCAGCCCUCCAGGCGGGCUCAACCAUGAUUACCUGCCUGAUGUUGUUGCUGACCAGCUCACAGCACGGCUAUCAGGUGGCGGCCGGAAUUGUGCCGCCACCCUGGAGUGAUCCGGCCACGAACCCCUGCGCCAGCAUGUCCGGGGGCUGGCAGCUGCUCUACUGGACGCCGCUAAAGAAGUGCUUCAAGAUCUUCACUCUGGGCUAUCCCUGUCCGGACACCAUGGAGCUGAGUCCCACACCAGUUAGUGCCAAGCGGAAGGAUCUUCCUGCGGCCGAGUGCCGUUGUCCGCCGGGAACUGCUCUCAGUCCUCUGACCAGCUCCGUGUGCCACAAGCUUUACGAGCGGGGUCCGUGUCAGAGCACAGAAUACUUUCAGCCCCUACCAGAUCAGGCCAAGAGGACUGGCAACCGGUGGGGCACCUGCAAGCGUCCGUUGCAGUGCCCCGAUGGAAUGAUCUUCUGGCCGAGAGACAACAAGUGCUAUACGCGGCGAAGUCGUGGACCCUGCAGCCGGGGAAAGUUGCUGGUGCGCAACGAGGACGGGCUGGCCGAGUGCAGGUGCGAGGAUGCAGGCGAACUGGCCUUGUACUACUCUCCGUCGGAGGACUCGUGCUAUGAGCACUAUACCAAAGGACCUUGCUCCACGCCGGGUCACAUUUUCAUGCCGGGUGGUCGGUGCGACUGCCAGCAGCAUCUGCCCCAAUAUCAUGCCCCUCAGCAGAUGUGCUUCGAGCUCGAUACUCCGGGACCCUGUCCUCCUGGACACAUAUUUCGCAUACCCGACAAUGCUGAGGCGACGACUGAUGGCUCUUUGCAACUACUGCCUCGGGCCAGGUGCCUGUGCAAGGAAGGCUACGUGCCCUGGACCGAUGGCAUCUGCUAUCGCCUGUACACACGGGGACCGUGCGGUGCCAACGAGUUCCUGGUGAAUGCCACCUCCUGUGUGCUCAACUUUUGCGGCAAGAAUCGCCUGUACUUCCCGGCCGAGGACUCUUGCUAUCGAAUAGGCUCCCAGGGCCCGUGCUCGCUCCAUCAAGUGGUGAUCUUCGAUUUCACCGCGCGCCCCUCGCUCGACGGCAUCUCCUACAAUGGAAUGUGCGGCUGUGCGGGAGUACUCACUAACUUGGACCAACAGUGUUCCGGCCCGGGGUCCGGGUCUGGCUCCGGAUCUGGCUCCGGCUCGGGCGCCGACGUGGAGCAGAACAUCUGCGAGUCGACGCCUGGCAUGGUCGAGAUCAACGGCCAGUGUCACAAGCUGUACACCCGAGGUCCCUGUGGGGCUGGCCAGUGGCUAGAGCCACUCAAGAGUCACUCCCAGACGAAUACAUCGAUCUUGGCCUUCGGCAGUCGAGCCAAGUGCGUCUGCCGCCCCGGCUACACGGCCACGGAGGCGGACCAGAGGGGCCUAAGCAACUGCAGUGCUCCAAGCGUGAGCCUGGCGAGGUAUUUAACGAUCGAGCGACACAACUCAAAGUUCCUCAAUGAUCUACACUCCGGUUCUCCCUCCCUAAACUAAAUGUUAAUACCAGCCUUUCAAACUAUCCUUUGUAGUCUCUGGGUCUGGUUUUGAGUCCCCGCAUGCCUACUCUCUUCAUCCUUCUCUUUGAUCUUUUGUGAUGCAUGCCAAGUGUUUUUCGAUCGCAGUGAUCCAUUUGUUAUUCCAUUAACCAUUUUGUUCUUGUUGUUUUAGGUGGUUUUUAGAAAUAUUCGGGUAACCUUAUCGAUGGUUUCGCAGCCACGGGGGAUAGGAUUGUGCCAUGAAUGUAUUACAGCGACUAAUAUACGAGUUGUAUUUAAGAUAACUCUCGAUAAGACAAAUAAAAUAAAGCAAUCUGCAAAAUAAACAAGAAUA